UUGCCGACAAGGCUGCCUACCUGAUGGGUCUGAACUCAGCUGACAUGCUCAAGGCCCUCUGCUACCCCCGAGUCAAGGUUGGGAAUGAGUAUGUGACCAAGGGUCAAACUGUGCAGCAGGUAUACAAUUCAGUAGGUGCCUUGGCAAAGGCUGUGUUUGAGAAGAUGUUCCUGUGGAUGGUUUUUCGCAUCAACCAACAGCUGGAUACCAAGCAACCCAGACAGUACUUCAUUGGUGUCCUGGACAUUGCUGGCUUUGAGAUCUUUGAUUUCAACAGCCUGGAGCAGCUGUGCAUCAACUUCACCAAUGAGAAACUGCAACAGUUUUUCAACCACCACAUGUUCGUGCUGGAACAGGAGGAGUACAAGAAGGAAGGAAUUGAAUGGGAGUUCAUUGACUUUGGGAUGGACCUGGCUGCCUGCAUUGAACUCAUUGAGAAGCCCAUGGGCAUCUUCUCCAUCCUGGAAGAGGAGUGCAUGUUCCCCAAGGCAACUGACACCUCUUUCAAGAACAAGCUCUAUGACCAGCAUCUGGGCAAGUCCAACAACUUCCAGAAGCCCAAGCCUGCCAAAGGCAAGGCUGAGGCCCACUUCUCCCUCGUGCACUAUGCUGGUACAGUGGACUACAACAUUUCUGGCUGGCUUGACAAGAACAAGGACCCCCUGAAUGAAACUGUUGUGGGGCUGUACCAGAAAUCAUCAAUGAAGACACUGGCGUUACUCUUUGCCUCUGCUGGAGGACAGGCAGAGAGUGGUGGUGGUGGCAAGAAGGGAGGCAAAAAGAAGGGUUCUUCUUUCCAGACUGUAUCAGCUCUUUUCAGGGAGAACCUAAACAAGCUGAUGGCCAAUCUACGGAGCACUCACCCCCAUUUUGUGCGCUGUAUCAUCCCUAAUGAAACAAAAACACCUGGUGCCAUGGAGCAUGAACUGGUGCUACACCAGCUGCGGUGUAAUGGCGUGCUGGAAGGGAUCAGAAUUUGCAGGAAGGGAUUCCCCAGCAGAAUCCUCUAUGCAGACUUCAAACAGAGAUACAAGGUGCUUAAUGCCAGUGCUAUCCCAGAGGGACAGUUCAUUGAUAGCAAGAAGGCUUCUGAGAAGCUUCUGGGCUCAAUCGAUGUGGACCACACCCAGUACAAAUUUGGCCACACCAAGGUGUUCUUCAAAGCUGGGCUGCUGGGACUCCUGGAGGAGAUGAGGGAUGAGAAGCUGGCACAGCUCAUCACUCGCACACAGGCCAGGUGCAGGGGCUUCCUGAUGAGAGUGGAGUACCAGAGAAUGGUGGAGAGGAGGGAGUCCAUCUUCUGCAUCCAGUACAAUGUUCGGUCCUUCAUGAAUGUCAAGCACUGGCCCUGGAUGAAGCUGUUCUUCAAGAUCAAGCCCUUGCUGAAGAGUGCAGAAUCUGAGAAGGAGAUGGCCAACAUGAAGGAGGAGUUUGAGAAAACCAAGGAAGAGCUUGCAAAGUCUGAGGCAAAGAGGAAGGAGCUGGAGGAGAAAAUGGUUUCAUUGCUGCAGGAGAAAAAUGAUUUGCAGCUCCAAGUGCAGGCUGAAGCGGACAGCUUGGCUGAUGCUGAGGAAAGAUGUGACCAGCUCAUCAAAACCAAAAUCCAGCUGGAAGCCAAAAUUAAGGAGGUGACCGAAAGGGCUGAGGAUGAGGAGGAAAUUAAUGCUGAGCUGACAGCCAAGAAGAGGAAACUGGAGGACGAAUGUUCAGAGCUGAAGAAAGAUAUCCUUGAGUUAACGCUGGCCAAGGAACUGGAGGAGGAAAUUGAGGCUGAACGUGCCUCUCGGGCAAAAGCAGAGAAGCAUCGGGCUGACCUCUCGCGGGAGCUAGAGGAGAUCAGCGAGCGCCUGGAAGAAGCAGGAGGGGCUACCGCGGCUCAGAUCGAUAUGAACAAGAAGCGUGAGGCAGAGUUUCAGAAGAUGCGCCGUGACCUCGAAGAGGCCACACUGCAGCACGAAGCCACGGCUGCCGCCCUGCGGAAGAAGCACGCGGACAGCACAGCUGAGCUUGGGGAGCAGAUCGACAACCUGCAACGAGUGAAGCAGAAGCUGGAGAAGGAGAAGAGUGAGCUGAAGAUGGAGAUUGACGACUUGGCCAGUAACAUGGAGUCCGUCUCCAAAGCCAAGGCAAGUCUGGAGAAGACGUGUCGCACACUGGAAGAUCAGCUAAGUGAGAUUAAGACAAAGGAAGAAGAGCAUCAGCGCAUGAUCAAUGACCUCAAUGCUCAAAGAGCUCGUCUGCAGACAGAAUCAGGUGAAUAUUCACGCCAGGUGGAAGAGAAGGAUGCUCUGAUCUCACAGCUGUCAAGAGGCAAGCAGGCAUUUACCCAACAGAUUGAGGAACUCAAGAGGCACCUAGAGGAAGAGAUAAAGGCCAAGAGUGCCCUGGCCCACGCCUUGCAGUCUGCUCGCCAUGACUGUGACUUGCUCCGGGAACAAUAUGAUGAGGAGCAAGAAGCCAAGGGGGAGCUGCAGCGUGCCCUGUCCAAGGCCAACGGCGAAGUGGCCCAGUGGAGAACCAAAUAUGAGACGGACGCUAUUCAGCGCACGGAGGAGCUGGAGGAGGCCAAGAAGAAGCUGGCACAGCGCCUGCAGGAUGCAGAGGAACAUGUCGAAGCUGUCAAUGCCAAAUGUGCCUCCCUGGAAAAGACCAAGCAGAGGCUGCAGAACGAAGUGGAGGACCUGAUGAUUGACGUGGAGCGAUCGAAUGCUGCCUGCGCAGCUCUGGAUAAGAAGCAGAAGAACUUUGACAAGAUCCUGGCAGAAUGGAAGCAGAAGUAUGAGGAAACACAGACUGAGCUGGAAGCUUCCCAGAAGGAGGCUCGCACUCUCAGCACGGAGCUGUUUAAGAUGAAGAAUGCCUAUGAGGAGUCCUUGGACCACCUGGAAACGCUGAAGCGUGAGAACAAGAACUUGCAGCGUAAGUCCCUGGCCCUCUGCUCCUGGCAGGGCUUUCUCACUAUGCACCACUACCCACCGCUCCACAUGGGUCUGUGCCUGCAGGUCUGCAAAGCUGCCUUUUACAUCCUGCGCCUCCAGCUUGAGCUCAACCAGGUGAAGUCUGAGAUUGACAGGAAGAUAGCAGAGAAAGAUGAGGAGAUCGACCAGAUGAAGAGAAACCACCUCAGAAUUGUGGAGUCGAUGCAGAGCACCCUGGACGCUGAGAUCAGGAGCAGGAACGAAGCCCUGCGGCUGAAGAAGAAGAUGGAGGGAGACCUGAAUGAAAUGGAGAUCCAGCUGAGCCAUGCCAACCGCGUGGCUGCAGAGGCACAAAAGAACCUGAGAAAUGCACAAGCAAUGCUCAAGGAUACUCAGAUACAUUUGGAUGAUGUUCUUAGGGCACAAGAGGACCUGAAGGAGCAGGUGGCCAUGGUGGAGCGCAGAGCAAACCUGUUGCAGGCUGAAGUUGAAGAACUAAGGGCUGCCCUGGAGCAGACGGAGCGGUCAAGGAAAGUGGCUGAGCAGGAGCUUCUGGAUGCAAGUGAGCGUGUGCAGCUCCUCCAUACCCAGAACACCAGCUUGAUCAAUAGCAAGAAGAAGCUGGAAACAGACAUUGCCCAAAUUCAGGGUGAAAUGGAGGAUACGAUCCGGGAAGCCCGCAAUGCUGAAGAGAAGGCCAAGAAGGCCAUCACAGAUGCAGCCAUGAUGGCUGAAGAGCUGAAGAAGGAGCAGGACACCAGCGCCCACCUGGAGAGGAUGAAGAAGAACCUGGACCAGACGGUGAAGGACAUGCAGCACCGUCUGGAUGAGGCUGAGCAGUUGGCUCUGAAGGGAGGAAAGAAGCAAAUCCAGAAGCUGGAAGCCAGAGUGCGGGAGCUGGAAGGGGAGGUUGAUGCUGAGCAGAAGCGCAGCGCUGAAGCCGUGAAGGGCAUGCGCAAGUAUGAGAGGAGAGUGAAGGAGCUGACCUACCAGUCUGAGGAAGACCAGAAGAAUGUUCUCAGGCUCCAGGAUCUAGUGGACAAGCUGCAAAUGAAAGUGAAGUCCUACAAAAGGCAAGCUGAGGAGGCUGAGGAGCUGUCCAAUGUCAACCUCUCCAAAUUCCGCAAGAUCCAGCAUGAGCUGGAAGAAGCUGAGGAGCGGGCUGACAUUGCAGAGUCGCAGGUCAACAAGCUCCGAGUCAAAAGCCGGGAGUUUCACAAGAAGACAGAAGAGGAGGAAUGAGGAUCCCAAGGCUAAAAAGUGACCUGAGGCAUGCAUGAAAUGUAGAUCUCUGUGUUGCCUUCUUCUGUAAUUACCGUUUAUGUCUAGGUAAUAAAGACAAUAGAGACCUUUGC